CUUCACAUUAUCCUUGUUUCUUGUCAGUUUUCACUCUAUCUCACAAAGAUAACAGUUUUGUGAAUUGAAUCCACACACACACACUACACAAAGAGAAAACAUAUAACAAAUCAACACAAAACGACACGUCUAAGCAAACCCCACUUCCACUUUUGGUCCCAUUUCAUUAGUAAAUGGAAAGCCAUUUCAUUGAAUCACUCAAUUGUUUGUUUUAGUUCGAGUUUGUGUCCCAAUACACACUCACAUUGAUUGAUUAAACAAAGGAACGAACGAACGAGCGACCUCACGGAAUAGAUGAAACGUCAGGAUGAGGAGAGGAAGAAAGUAGGAGAAAGUACAGAAGAAGGGAUAUAAGAUCUGCUAAUAUAAAGUAGAAGGAUUUUAAGAUGGCAGCAGUGUCAGACCCGACGGCAAUGGCUUUUAAGUCGUAUCAAAGUAAGGCUGAAGUUCUGGUUAAGGACUACUUAAUCUCAGAGCCUUUUAUUCCAUAUUCUUCAGUCUUUGGUGGUUUAUUGGCUUGCAAAAUGGUCUAUGAUCUUACUCAGUUAAUUAGCACCUUUUACUUGAAGAGUUAUAAUGGCCUUACAAAACUCCAACGAAUAGAGUGGAACAAUCGCGGUAUCUCUACAGUUCAUGCCGUUUUUAUCUCAGCUAUGUCAUUGUACUUUGUGUUCUGGUCAGAUCUCUUUUCUGACCGACGAUCAGAUGGUCUUGUUAUUUUCAGAAACUCUCCUCUCUCUACUUUUUCAUUAGGGGUUUCUGUUGGUUACUUCCUCGCGGAUCUUGGAAUGAUAUUAUGGCUAUAUCCUUCUUUAGGGGGAAUGGAAUAUGUUAUCCACCACUCUCUUUCCGGUAUUGCAGUAGCCUAUUCUAUGUUUUCUGGAGAAGGGCAGCUUUAUACAUACAUGGUCCUCAUCUCUGAGGUGACAACUCCAGAGAUUAAUAUGAGAUGGUUUCUUGAUAUGGCUGGUAUGAAGAGGUCCAAUGCAUAUCUCAUUAAUGGCGUAGUUAUCUUUUUUGCUUGGCUGAUUGCAAGAAUUCUGCUGUUCAUUUACAUAUUUAACCAUGUUUACUUGCACUACGAUGAGGUCAUGCAGAUGCAUGUUAUGGGUUAUCUCUUGGUUUUGGUAGUGCCAUCUGCACUAGGCAUCAUGAACUUGAUGUGGUUCGCAAAGAUCGUCAAAGGAUUGAAGAAAACUUUAGCGAAAAGGCAGUGAUGGAUAAUGUUUCAUAUACGUGCUAGUCUAAAUGUGUUGUUACACAGUUGGGGCUAACUAACAUUUCUGUGCAUUUUUUCUGUUUUCUUUACUGUAUAGAUAGAGAGAAGUGAAAGAAAAUGUAGUUCCUUUAUGUUGUUGAAAAUUCUACUGUUGUAAAUGACCUGCCCACGUUGCAGAAGCUGUUUCGGUUCAUAUUUAUAAUCUUACAACCAAAUUGGUCUUUACUGUUUUCAAGUUCUUGUUGUCUAUCAGUAAUUUUUCAAGUUUAAAUUAAGGUUAAGUUGCUCAAAAU